GUAACGCUCUCCUCCCGCGCCACAAUCCUUCUGUGCUCAUCUAGAUCACCAUGCUGCUAUCUCGCCCCCUGCUGGCAUUUUUGCUUUUCCGUAACGGAGAUGAGCGCUGCUUCUGUCUGUAACUUUUAGUGUUCGCAUUGGAAUCCUUUUGUUGUCUUCUGGUUUGGUUGCGAUUCUCGCAGGGACUGGAAGUGAGAGGGGAAGAGGUUGGGAAUUGACGGAGCUGCAUUUGGGGGUUUACAGUCUGUUUUUGAUUUGUUGUAGAACUUUUGAAGGUUUAUUUUCAGGCUUCGCUGAAGUGAAGUGGGAAUUAGAUGACGUUGGCGGAGUUUGUGGUUGGUGGACUUGCUAAGUUCUGACGUUUGGUAGUGUAGAUUUUGAUUGGGUGGGGACUGCGUGGGUAAUGAGCUGGGGUCAAAAGAGGGUGUUUUGUUUAUUGAGAAUCAUGCUAACCAGCGAGUUUGUCAGCGCAAAGGUGCUCACUCGCUGCUGGAUGUGGUCACUUUUAGAGCGUCUUACGGCUUGUAUUGCAUCUCCUGGUUAUUAGGGCUGAUCUUUGGCUCGCAUUUUCCUGUUUUUGAUUGUGUCCUUGAAGGUUGCUAUUGGAUUUGCGUUGGAAAUUGCAUACCUGUUUUGAGCUGCGCUCAUAUUGAGUUAUUUCUGGGUUUGAUUUGGUCGUUGUCAGGCAUUGUAGGGACCGCUUGUUGUUUUGAUUAUAGCCGUGUUCUGCAUAGGAUAGUUUUCAGGGACUUUAUCAGGGCUGUUUAAUUUGGUGUCGACCCUACACUUUCCCUUGUAAAGAUUUUGAUUAGUUAAAUAUCCAGAAUGCCACAACGUCAUUCAAAGAAUAACAAUGAUCUCGCGUUCUUUACGUACGAUGAAAGGAAGAAAUUAGGGUAUGGCACUCAAAAGGAGCGGUUGGGGAAAGAUUCCAUAAAGCCCUUUGACUCGUGCUGCACAUGUCUACAGCCUGUAGUCGAUCCUCUGAGCUGUGGCAAAGGACAUUUGUUUUGCAAGGAGUGUGUCUUUGAGUGCUUGCUAGCUCAGAAGAAGGACAUCAAGAGAAAGCUUGCUACUUUCACUCAGCAACAGAAGAGCGAUAAAGAGGACGAGUUGGAGAAAAUCACCGUUGAGAAGCAGCGAGAACUUGAUGCGUUUGUUCGACAGAACAAUUCUGCUGUGUCACACCAGCAAAUCACUGGUCAUCCGGGCGAUCGCCAUGAAUUCCACGGGGCUAACAGUGUCAGGGUUACCUCUUACGAAGAAGAAGCACUUCGUACAAUGAAGGCUUUUUGGUUGCCAUCAGCAACACCUGGUGCAGUGGAACGGGUUUCAGCCCCCUCUUCAGACACCAUAUGCCCAGAGGGCAACGAGAAAUUGAAAUUGAAAGAUUUGUUUCCAGUUGUCUUCACUGAAGUGCGAAACAGAGAGAAGAAAGAAGUUGAUCUCGAUGGUUUUAGGUACAUGUGUCCCUCGUGUUCCGUUACCCUAACGAAUACGCUAACACUCGUGGCUGUGAGUUCUUGCGGCCAUGUCUUCUGUAAAAGAUGUGCUGACAAGUUUAUUGCGACAGACAAGGUGUGCUUAGAUUGCAAUAAACCCUGCAGGGCUAAGAACUUGAUUACAUUGGAGAAAGGAGGAACCGGAUUUUCUGGUCAUGAUGAAAAUCUGGAGGCCAAAGCUUUCAAACAUGUAGGUAGUGGGACUGGUAUGGGUCUCUCACGCCCCACAACAAAAUUGUAGUUUAUUCGGCACCUAGAACAAUGGUAAUUACUUUUCAAGGAGAGCCUGAGUUCUUUUACUUCUCCUUGGCACUAAAAUUAUUACUAUUUCCGAAGAUGAGGUUACACCUAGAUGUGAAACCUCGUUCAGAUUGCCAUGACUUUUCCGGAUUGAGGGUCAAUGAUUUGAUAUUUAAUCUUA